CGUUUCUUCGCCCUUAGCGAGAGACAGUUGCCUCAUCCCACUAUCAAUCAAAAAGCAAUUUGAUGACGUAACAUCAAAUCUAUCAUUAUCAUCAACACACUCUCUUGCAAAUUCUAAUUUCUUGCAAAAAUCCAGGGGGGACAAUUUGGCCGCAUAUAAGAAUAUAAGAUUCUUUUCCAAGGAAAAGGUAUCUUGCAUAGUCAAUGAGUGCAUACCCAAAAAGAUAUAGAAUACUAUGGGAACUUCCAUAAGAAGUGGAAAUAUUAAAAAACCCAAUGAAUCAAUGAAGCUCAUGAUAGCAACCUUUGCUGGAAUUUUUUUUGGCUUCUUUCUAGGAGUAUCAUUUCCAAAACUAUCAUUAACUAAGGUGAAUCUUCCAUUAAGCCUUUUUCCAUCCGUUGAUCUCACAUAUAUUGAAGAAAAGUACUCCAAAAUUGAAACCAACUCUAUAUGGGAUGCUUGGGCUUCCUUUAGAGGUGAUACAAACAUGUUCAAUCAGCUUCACAAAUUAAAUGAGAAGACAAAAAUUUGGGUUCCUACAAAUCCUCGAGGAGCUGAAAGACUACCCCCUAGAAUUGUCGAAACUCAAUCAGAUUUUUAUCUUCGUCGGCUAUGGGGUCUACCACAUCAGGACCUAAGUAUCAAACCAAAGUAUCUUGUAACAUUUACUGUCGGGUAUGACCAGAGAGACAACAUUGAUGCUGCAAUGAAAAAGUUCUCUGAGAACUUCACUAUUGUGUUAUUCCACUAUGAUGGUCGAGCUAGUGAGUGGAAUAAGUUUGAGUGGUCAAAGAAAGCAAUUCAUAUAAGUGCUAGAAAGCAAACUAAAUGGUGGUAUGCUAAACGCUUUCUACAUCCUGACAUUGUGGCUCCCUAUGAUUACGUUUUCCUUUGGGAUGAGGAUUUAGGCACGGAGCAUUUUGAUGCAGAGGAGUACUUGGAAAUGGUAAGGAAGCAUGGUUUGCAGAUCUCACAGCCUGGUCUAGACCCAAGUAGUAGUAGUUUUACAUGGCAAAUGACAAGGAAAAGGGAUGGCGUUGAAGUCCAUAAGAUGACGGAGGCGAGAAUUUAUUUUUGCAUGAUUUUUAAAAUACUCAGAUUUGUUGAGAUCAUGGCUCCUGUAUUUUCCAAAGAUGCGUGGCGUUGUGUAUGGCAUAUGAUACAGAAUGACCUAAUUCAUGGAUGGGGUCUUGAUUUUGCUCUCAGAAAAUGUGUAGAGUCUCCUCAUGAGAAAAUAGGAGUUGUUGAUAGUCAAUGGAUUGUUCACAAAAGUAUUCCCUCACUUGGAAGCCAGGGGAAAGCGGAGGGUGGAAGGUCACCGUGGGAAGGGGUGAGAGAUAGGUGUAGCAAAGAAUGGGCAAUGUUUAAAGAGCGUAUGGCGAAUGCAGAGAAAGAUUAUUUUCAAAGAGGACAUACUCCCCUUAAUUCCACCGGUACAUAGAUCAUUAUUAGGACAUGAUUAUGAAAUUUUUUUUUUGAUAUAUUCUAACUAGCAUUAACAAUUAUCGCCAGAGUAGACUCUUUGUUCAAGAAUAGACAGUAAGAAAAUUGUUAUUUUUUUCUUUGUUUUUCAACCAAAAUAAAACGACUACAAUUUUUGUUAUGUAUAAAUAAAGAAAAGCUAGAGCAAAAUCAAUCCAAAGAAAACAAUUAAGAAGUGAGAAAAACUACUCUC